AACUCUGCAACAUCGCACGCCCCACUUUCCAGUUUCAAGCGGGCACGUUUUUACAAGAGACGCGACAAGUCGCGUGUACGUCGAAAAUUAUUACUGAACCGAAUCCCACAUCCUUGUGCUUAGUGAAACGCCCGUGAUAACGUGAAUCCGCCUUCAAAAAUUUCAUACAAUUCAAUUACACGAAUUACACAUCCGGUGAUAUUGCAAAGCGUCACUUUUCAUCGGGCGCCAACUUCGAAUAAAUUUUAUAAGCCUCGCCCCCCUUUUGGAAAUAUGUUUUACAUUUAAAUUUUUUUUUUUUGACAUUUUCUGCAAUAUUUACAUGUAUAGGGGAGAUAAACUAAAAUCUAGUAUCGAUAGUGUGGUGUGUUAGAUAGAGAGAGAGAGAAAAAAAAAAAGUGUGCGAUAUCUUUUUUAGUGCGCUGGCGCCAGUAGGUGCCGAAUGACAAUCUACGGAUCUGAUACUUAUUUUUGUUUAAACGCGCGGGAAGGAUGUUAAUAUCCAGGUGUAUUUUUGAUUUAUGACCUAAGAUUAUAAAUUUGAUUGGAGUUGAAAAGAAAAAUCCUUGUUGAAGCAAGUACAUAGUGAGACGUCUACAUAGCGACGUCACGCCAGGAUGGCAACAGCCAAACUGGAACCCAAGGUGGAAUUCUGACACUCAGAAAUUUGCUUGGAAGAUUUGCAUUUCUUAUUUUCUUGGCUUGAUAACCAAAAGUUAUAUAGAAGAACUUGUGUUGUUUCUGUUCUUCUGCCAUUUUAAAAAUGAACGGCAGUCUUGAAGCUACUGUGAAAGUCGAUCAGGAUGAGCUUGAUGAGCAACAACACGAUCCACUACAAUUACAAACUCAACAACAAGAUGGAACGGAUCAACAACAUUUGGAUCAAACACAACAGACUGUUCAACCGCAAAUUCGUUUUUUAAGCGCAAAUGUUUUACAACAAUUGCAACAACAACAGCAACAGCAGCAACAACAACAAGAUGUUCAGCAACAAGCACAGCAACAGCCACAAGUUAUCACACUUCAACAGUUGCAAAAUUUUGUGCCUUUACAAACUCAACAGCAACAGCAUGAGCAACAGAGAGCCCAGACUAUUUCAGUUCAAGCCUUACCACAACAAUUUUUACAAAAUGCUCAGUUGGUUAGUAACCAAGCUCAAGCACUUCAGCAGCAACAGCAGGCACAGCAGCAAGUUCAACAGCAAAAUCAACAGCAACAACCACAGCAGCAGCAACAAUUGAGCUACAGUGUGAUUCCUCAAAUGCAAACAGUAAAUAUCGAUGGACAGGAAGCGCUGUUCAUUCCUCAUUCAGCAAUGUCAGGCGUUAGUGCUCAUCACCAAACGCAACCGACAAUGCAAUUUGCAACUGCUGGAGGACAACAAGUGCAAUUGGCAAAUCAACAAGUUCAACUGGCAAAUGGACAAACUAUUAUUACACCACAACCAGUUAGUUUGUUGAGAGCGCCUAAUGUAUUUCCUACGUCGAUCAUUCAGAAUAUUGGUGGUCAAACUGUUCAAUUACCCACAGAUCCCAAGGCUAGCUUGGAUGUUUUAGGACAAAGCGUUCAAGUGAGGCCACUUCAAUUUCCAAUGCAGCAACUCCAACAAACUGUUCCCGUUCAAGUACCAGUCACUGCCAGUAAUGGACAGACAGUUUAUCAAACUGUACAUUUUCCAGUACAAGCACUAUCAAGUGUAUUCAAUAUGCCAACAACACAAAUGAUACCUCAGAUCACACAGCAAAUUCCUCAGGUAGCACAAAUAAUAACACCAAAUGGCCAACUUCAACAGGUGCAAAUUGCAAAUCUUUCACAACUUCAAAGUUUGCAGGGUCAACAAGUAGCACAACAAGUUGCUCAGCAAGUUGCCCAGCAAGCUCAACAACAAGUUGUUCAGCAAGUUGCGCAACAAAGUCAGCAACAAGUUGUUCAAACUGUACAACAGCAGCAACAAGUUGCGCAAGCUCAAGCACAGGCACAAGCCCAAGCUCAGCAACAGCAGCAAGUUCAGCAAGUUGUUCAGCAGGUUAUUCAACAGCAGCAGCAACAACAACAGCAGCAAGUUCAACAACAAGCUCAGCAGGCUUCAGUUUCUACUCCGGCCUCAACUGUUUCUACAUGGACCACUAGUGUUAGUGCUCCAAAUAAUGUUCAGGUUGUUGGGCUUGGACAAUUGGGUAGAUCAGUUGGCAAUAGUACUAAUGUAUUAACAACAAAAGAUGGACAAAAAAUAGAGGUGCAAACUCUCUCGACAAUAACGAGAGCGCCUGAAUCUGCAGAUGGUGACAUUAAACUGACUAAUAUAGAUGCCAAUCAAUUAGCAAAUGGUCAAGUUAUACAUAUUCCUGCCACGCAAACAACUCAAACUGCCAUGCAACCAAUUACAUUAACAGGAGCACAAGGCCAACAAUUGACAUUAAUUCCUGCCUCUGCAUUGACGAGUUUGGCACAACAAGGAAAUAUGAUGCGAGGUGUAAAUGUUGGCGGUGGAGUAAUGCAAAUACAACCAACUGCUGGCUUAAAUACAAGUGGUUUUUUACAGUCAAUUCCAGUGCAGAAUAUUCCUGGAUUGGGAAAUGUUCAAGUAAUACCAGCCAGUGCCCUUCAACCAACAGCAGUUCAAACUUUACCCACCGUUUCAGCGGCUCCCAUUGUUGCAACACAUUUAGAUUCAACCGAUCCAACUAAAUGGCAAAUUCUCCAAACGAUACAAUCAAAUGGAACAAUUUCCACACCUGCCACUGCGUCUCAUCAGCAUCAAGUAAACAAUACCACGAAUGUUAGUGGAGAAACGGACACCAGUAAACAACAUCGACGAAGGGUAGCAUGCACAUGUCCAAAUUGUGGUGAUGGAGAUAGAAAUAGAGACAUGACUCGAAAACGUCAACACGUGUGCCAUAUAGCUGGAUGUAAUAAAGUUUAUGGAAAAACAAGUCAUUUAAGAGCGCAUUUAAGAUGGCACACUGGUGAAAGGCCUUUUGUUUGCAGUUGGAUAUUUUGUGGGAAAAAAUUUACAAGAUCUGAUGAAUUGCAGCGUCAUCGAAGAACGCAUACUGGAGAAAAAAGAUUUCAAUGUCCAGAGUGUACGAAAAAGUUUAUGCGCUCUGAUCAUCUCACGAAACACAUUAAAACACAUACGAAAAUUCGAAGCACUGAGGCUGCUACCUCAACUCAGGAAGGAUCCUCGGACAGUCAAUCUUCGAAUGAAGAAAAAAUCAUGAUCUCUCUUCAUAAAGAGCCCGAACAUCAUGCCGAUAUUGUUAUUGCUGAACCUAUAGACACAUUAGACACGCAGUCGACAAAUGAAUGAAAAAAAUAUUGGAAUUUUCAUUUUUAAAAAUUUAUCCUCCUUGCCUGUGGAGAAUAAUAUUCUAUCGACUGAUGAUAUACAUUAAGGUUAGACAUUUAAAUAAACAAGGUGGUUUUUGUUUCUACAAAUUCAGUAAAAUAAUUCAAUCUUAAUACUAUGAUGUAUUAACACUUAAGAUUAUUAUUUUACAGUAAAUUCAAAAUCACCUUGUAAAAAUGUACACACACACACAAACAUAAAUACAUAUGUAAUUUACAUAAGCUUGACAAUUUUUACAACUUUUUUGUUUUCAAAAAAAAAGAAAAAAAAAAAAGAUUUAUUUUGUCCAUAUCUUUUUUAUAAAUGAAAAUACUAUGAUACUAUUAAGUUAUGUAGUAAUUCGCUUUAAAAUAUUUUGAAGCCAUGUCGUGAAUAUCAUUAGAAAAAUAUGAUACUUGUAAGAUGUAUUUUGUAAAAAAAUUCUAUGCAAAGAACUUUUACAGGGAAUGUCUAUGCUAUUUGAUAUGUAGUAGGAAGAAAAUAUAUAUUUUUGUAAUGACGGAGUGUAUAAAUAUGUAUAUAGUGUAAAUGAAAUGUAAAGAAAUUUUACACUUUUCAAUGAUUUGCAAACAGUGCGAAUAAGUUUACAGUUUUUUCACCAGAAAAUAUUUACAUACUAAAAGUAGAAUCAGUGUAAUAAUAAUGUAUAAUUUGACGCAGUGCUAUACGAUUAUAUUCCAACAAAUUAUGUAAUGAGAUACUUGUUAAAUGAAAUAAUAUAUUGUUAUAAAAUAAAAAUAUAUUAACUCAA